GCAACCGAGCACCGCUUUCCCGUCGUCAACGCUGCCAUGGCAGCGCCCCCGCCGAGCUCUUCCUCCAUCUCCACUCCCCUUAUACUCUACAAUGGAGUCAUCGUCACCAUGGAUCCCCACUCCCGUGUCUUCCGGAACGGCGCCAUCGUCGUCUCCGGCGAUCGCAUUCACUCCAUCGGUCACUCCGAUGACAUCCUCCGUGACUUCUCCCAUCUCGCUGAUGGCUCCAUUGACCUUUGCCGCCGUAUCCUCCUCCCAGGGUUCGUCAACACGCAUGUGCACACUUCGCAGCAGCUUGGGAGAGGGAUCGCCGAUGAUGUUGACCUAAUGACGUGGUUGCACGAGCGCAUAUGGCCGUACGAGGCGAGCAUGAUGGAGAAGGACUCGUACGUGUCCACGUUGCUCUGUGGCAUUGAGCUCAUCCGCUCCGGCGUGACGUGCUUUGCAGAAGCAGGUGGGCAACAUGUAGGUGGGAUGGCAAAAGCAGUGGAGUUGCUUGGCAUCCGAGCUUGUUUAACACAAUCCACCAUGGAUUCUGGCGAGGGCCUGCCUGUGAAUUGGCGCUCACACUCCACUGAUUAUUGCAUUCAGUCUCAGAAAGAACUUCACAGAAAACAUCAUAACACGGCGGAUGGUCGCAUCAGAAUAUGGUUUGGUUUAAGACAAAUAAUGAAUGCAACUGAUGAGUUACUGCUCAAAACAAAAGAUGCUGCAGAAGAACUGAAGACAGGCAUACAUAUGCAUGUUGCAGAAAUACCUUAUGAGACUCAACAUGUGAUGAAUACUAGAAAAGUCGAACAUGGUACAGUUACAUACUUGGAAAAAAUUGGACUUCUGAGGGAAAACUUGCUGGCAGCACAUUCUGUUUGGUUGAAUGACGCAGAGAUAUGUUUCUUGUCAAAAUCGGGUACCAAAGUUUCUCAUUGUCCUGCUUCUGCAAUGCGGAUGCUUGGCUUUGCGCCAGUUAGGGAAAUGCUCGAUGCUGGUGUUUGUGUCUCACUGGGUACAGAUGGAGCGCCUUCAAAUAACAGAAUGAGCAUUGUCGACGAGAUGUAUCUAGCUUCACUUAUCAACAAAGGAAGAGAAGCUUAUAUCAGUGGAACAACCAACCCUACAGCUGUUCCUGCUGAAGUGGUAUUGAAGAUGGCAACUAUAAAUGGUGCAAAAUCAGUGCUAUGGGACAAUGAGAUUGGUUCUCUUGAAGUUGGGAAGAAGGCAGACAUGAUAAUUGUGAAUCCUUUCUCAUGGUCCAUGGUUCCUUUGCAUGAUUGCAUCUCUAGUCUUGUUUACUGCAUGCGCACAGAGAACAUUGAGUCUGUGAUGUGCAAUGGCCAAUGGAUUAUGAAGGAUCGGAAGAUUGUGAAUCUUGAUGAGGGGGAAGUUAUCUCAUUAGCUAUGCAAGCUUCCAAUGAUCUCUUGAAGAGAGCCGGGAUUAAAAUUCCAAAUAAAAUGAACUUUCUGUGAUCUCGUGAGUGACAAGCACAGUGUAUGUGGCAUUGAAUUUUUUAAUAACUUCCACUAGAUUGCAGUAGGAAAUGACGGUUUAGUGACCAUGUUGUGCAAACAGUUAAGAGAUGUAUGUAAUUAUUAUGACUUUAUCAAUUAAGAAACUCCAUAAAAAAAGUUCUA